UUUUAUACAACGCCAUUCUUCGAUCAAUCCUCUCUGUCCUUCUUGUUAAUUUUUUUUUACGCAAUGCUUCUUCCGUUUCUCUCUUCCUCUCUGCUUCUCCGUCUAUCUUCUCCGAUCAUGUCUCCUGAUCCCUUCUCCUUCCUAGCAUCUUCCCCUAAUUAAUGCAACCAAACUUAUCAUUGUUUAUUUAUUCUCAGAGAAUUAAGAUCGAUUUUAUUAGUAACAGAAUAAACCUUAGAGAAAGAGAUAUAUAUGGAGAGUUCGUUAGGUUUCAUGGCUGUUUUCGCCGUCUCUGGAAGCGUGGUGUUCGUCGCGAGUCAAUUCCACAAGCGUCUCCUCUCCGAUUACUUGGACAAGUUCGAACUUGAAAUCCGAUCACCAGAGAAUGCGGCGAUGAAGAAGAAGGUGAGAUUCGCGGCGGAUGUGGUGGAGCCUUCAGGGAAUAACAAAGAGUAUCGCCGGAGACACUCCUCCAAGGCUAAACUCAAUAGGGAAUUGAAGAUGGCGGCAAAUAUUUGAAGUUUUUUGUACAUAAUUAGUCAAUAUGUAAACUAUUCAUUGGGUUUUGAGAUUUAAUUUUCAUUA